UUAAUUAAUUAAAUUAAUAUAUGUACAAAUCAAAACAUAGUGACUAAUCGGCCAACACUAGCCAAAGAACGUCAGUUCAAUGACGCACAAGUCUAACGCAAUGAAAAAGUGAACGCAGCACCAGCAGCGCGUCCCACAACAACAAGAACAGAAACAGCAGCAGCAACAACAGCAAGAGCAACAGUAAAAGAAAAUGCAUUUCUCAAUACCCGACACACAGGAGCAGUAUGCGGAUGGGCGGGGUGGCUCGCCCACUUACACGGUUUACAACAUUUAUAUAAAUGGCAACUAUCAUUGCUGCCUGCGGUACAAGCAGCUGCACGCGUUGCACGAACAGCUGCGCAGCCGUUGCACAGACGCCGCCCUGCCCCCGUUUCCAUCCAAGCGACUGCUGCCGCUGAGCAACAGUCAGCUGGAGGCGCGGCGUGCCGCUUUGGAGCACUAUCUGCAGAUCAUUGGGCAGGAUGCGCGCAUUGCCCGCUUAUCAUACUUGCAACAGUUUCUGCAACGCGCCCAAUUGGACACUGCGCUCGCCGAGUGCACCAUCAGUGGCGAGGAUGAGCAGCAGCAGCUGCAGGUAGAGGUGUACAGUGGUGGCGCGGACGGUGCACAGUUGCUGGUCAAUUGUCAUGUGCAGCAGAAUGCGAGUGCACUGCUACAGUGCGUCUGUCGCAUACUCAAGCUGCCCGACGACCUAAUUCAAUUCUUUUGCUUGUAUCUCAUGCGAAAAGUGAAUGCAAACGAUGAUGAUGCCGGCACUUCCAAUUCCAUGCCCACAUCCAACUCCUCGCCAGAUGAACCAGCAACGGUGCUGCUGUUGCGUCGUCUAAUGGACUUUGAGUCACCGUUUAUAACGCGGCUGCACGCCCAGCCAUGUCAAUUGUUGUUGCGCACCUGCUACUGGAACGCUCGCUGGGAUGCCAAGCUGCUGGGCAAUGGCGUCGCCCUCAAAUUGCUGUACCAUCAAACGCUGGCGGAUGUGGCACGCGAAUGGGUCAUUUGUACGCCCGAGAUGCGGCGCCAGUUGUACGGCCUGCAAUUGCAGUCGCGACCAGUGCAAUAUUUGGAGCUUGUGCGUCAGCUGCCUUCCUAUGGCUGUCUGCAAUUUGGCGCCGCCCAAGUCGACUAUCCCGAUGCGGAGACCACUGCUCUGGUGACCAUCGGCAAUCGGGAGCUGAGCCUGCGAACGGCGCGCGGUGCCAAAAUCUAUGAGACGAAAUUUCGGGUGACACGCAUGCGUUGCUGGCGGGUGAGUGCCAUGCACAACACCUUCGAGUCACGGGAUCAGCCCACCCAGCUUCAGUUGUCGUUCGAGUAUCUGAUGUCGAAGCAAACGCUGCGCUGGAUAACCAUUACCAGCGAGCAGGCGAUGCUCAUGUCUGUCUCGCUACAGGCCAUGGUCGAUGAGCUGCUCCACAAUGACAACAACUGUAGCAGCAGCAGCGGAACAGGUGGCAGCGAUGAUGAGCAGGAGGCAAGUACAUCGCGUGCCGCAUCGGAGUCGACCUCAUCGACGCCCAGCUCGGCCUCGUCCUGCACAUUUACAUCCACAUCGACAACAGCAACAGCUUCUCAAGCAGCGGCAGCAGCAACAACAGCAGCGGCAACACCCCCGGUCAAGUUUCUAGCGGAACGCAGCCGGCAACACCAUAAACUAACAACGGCUCGCACCUUUGCGGCCGUUUUCUUUCGCAACGAUGCAAAUGCGGCUGCGGUGCGCAACGAGGCAUUUGAGGAAAUUGGCGACGAUGAUCUGUAAUCCGUAACCCGUAAUCUGUAAUCUACAUAUGUAUAUGAGACGUACGUAAACUUCCUGGUAGUAGUGUCAAAACAAUCGAUAAUUAACAGACAGUGAUCGCUCCUAUAUUUUCCCCAAUUUUAUCCUAUUGAAAGAUAUAUUUUCAAUAUUAGUUUUAGUUUUUGACACUAUAGAAUAUUUGAAAAAUCCAAUGAAAUUGGUUUCUUACAAGACUUUCACCUCAGCAUUGAAUCACGUUUCUUUUAUCGAGCGAUCACUGUAAUUGGUAAUCCCAAUUUUUUUAUAUUUUUAUUAAUACCAUUGACUAACCCUUGCAAUUGCAAUUAUUAAUGGGUAUGCUGUAAUUAUCGAUCGUUAUCCAGCACUACUGCACUAGUUUGUAUUUAUGUGUGGUAAGUAAAUGUAAAAAAAAUAUUUGUUGUUUAGUUCAUUCGUAAACAGCGCGCCGCCAAAAUAGUUCUUAAACUAAUUGUAACUGUUAGCACAAAUCUAACCGUUAAUUAUAUAUUAUAUAUGUAUAUGUAUGCAGUACAUAGGCAUAUAAGUUAUAUUAUAUUAUUCCCGAAUCGAACAAAUCACACGGUACUUUUCGUCUCUUCCCUCCCCCACUUCCUCCCCGCCCAUCAUUUCCAUGGUGCUGCCAAAUUGUAACGACAAAUAUGAAACUCGGAAUGUGCAUUUUAUUUUGUUAAAGACAAAAGUAGUUUUAUUAUCAAAAUACAUAUGAAAUGAACAUAUUAUCGACAUGAUGAUUGUUGAUUCACGAAAAUUGCGUUGUGUUUAAGAAUGCUCAGUAUAAACUAUAUUUAUAUUUAUACAUACAUAUAUAUGUAUAAGCAUUGAAACUCUUUUGUAAAGUACAAUUUUGAAAUAAUGACU